AUGGCAGUGCAGGGGGCCCGAGGGGGGGUCAGAAUGGGCCGUCCCACUCUCUCUCCGUGUCUGUCUCCUUGCUCGUCCUCCCUCCCAGCCUGUGUUCAGCUGCUCCAGCUGUCGUGCCCCAUGCUCACUCGCUCAGGGCCAAGGCAGGAGUUCAGGGAGAACUUCGGAGCAAACUCAGCCGGUCACUCACAGCACCAAGAGGAGGCCACUGAAGACCCCAAGGACACGUCUGUGCCUGAGCAGAUUUGA